AUGGAUUCUUUCUUCAAAUGGUACCUCUCUAGUCGCGGUGCCGGCCAGAGCUCCGACAGCAAAAAGAGUGCUGCCGCUCCCGCCGCAACAUCCCCCGAAUCAAGCACGACCGGAGCAAGGAGGGCCCCGGACGCUGACAGCUUGCGCAGUAAUGGUCCUCUAGUCCGUCGUGUAUCAAGCCCGGCGGAGAAGGCAGGGCAAGGGGAGAUAAUUACCAAGAGAGAAAAGUUCAAGCGGCACUGGAAGCGGUUUUGGGUGUUUUAUGCGAUAGGGCUCGUCAUCUUUCUCGCCAUCUUCCUGCCUGUGUUAGAUGGCCAGGCUGACCAUUUUCUAAAAAGCUUCCUUGUCAUCAUCCCAGCCAUCAUCCAAAGGUUGAUGAACGAGGCGAGCCUGCCCAUAAAUGGCGGCACUCUGGCGCUUCAUUCUGCCGACGAGCUCAAAGUCAGCAUCAAGACGACGGUGGCCAUGCCAGCAGGGAUCGUGGCUUCGCUGGAUCCCAUCACUCUGCAGCUAUACAACUCCAACACGACGACCUUUUCGCCCUUCAUGGCCGUCGACUUGCCCAAGCAACACCUGGAUGGACCCACCGACAUUGACGCGCCCGAGAGCAUUGUGCGCAUAUCCAACAAGAGCGAGUUGACAAACUGGCUUCGCUUCGUGGUACGCGAGCCCAUGGUCGACCUCUCCCUUCGCGGCGACUCGCACAUCAACCUCGGCGCCAUCAGGUCGUCGGUGCACCUGGAAAAGACAACUCCCAUCCGCGCGCUCAACCACCUCAGCGGCUUCGACGUGCCCAACAUCCGCCUCGUGGUCCCUCCCGAAGCCGACGGCACCAACGUCCGGGGCCAACUUCUGUUUCCGAACCACACCCCACUUCACCUGGGCCUGGGCAACCUAACCUUCAACAUGUGGUCGGGCCCCGUGAUGCUAGGCACCGUGGAAGUGCACAACGUGCUGGCGGUGCCCGGCGACAACUUCUUUGACUUCCGGGGCGUGCUGUUCCUGCACGAUCUGCUGCCCAACAUCGGGGCCAUCCUAGCCUCGCAGGCGUCGGCGCUCGGCCGCGGCAACAUCGUGCUGGGCGUGUCGGGCAACUCGACCAUGGUCAACGGCGAGCACGUCGCCUUCUUCGAGGAGGUGCUCAACAAGGAGCGUUUCGAGACGGAGCUGUCGGUCGUGUCGGUGCUGAUGCAGGUCCUGGGCGGGUUGAUCGACCGGGCCGGCAACAACGGCACGUCGGCCCUGCUCGACACCAUAUCCAGGGUGCUCGGCAACAAGACACUGAUGGAUGGCAUCGUGGACAAGCUCAACGCGUCCCGGGUCGUGGACCGACUCAAUUCGACAGCUGAUCACGUAGCCAUCCCGGGCAAUCUGUUGAAGCGCGUGCAGCGAGAGCUGACCAGGACGGCGCUCAAGUCUGUUGUUAGGGACUUUAGGGGCGGGAGAAGUAAGACGCUGUGGAGCGCGACGGAGUAA